AUGGAAUCUGGUAGAAAGGGGAUUCCAACCCCUGAUUCGAAGAAGAAGACGAAGAAGCUUGAAGAAUCAUUGGAGGAAGAAGAAGCUGAUGCAGAGAUGAUUGCUGUGCUCAUGAAGGACGCAAAGGCUCUGGGCAUCAUUCAGAAUGCAGUUUCUGACCAGAUCUUUCCUCAAAUUGCAAACGCUGACUCAGCUAAAAUGGCAUGGAAUCUGCUCUACAGUGAGUAUCAUGGUGGUGAUCAGGUCAGAUCUGUAAAACUUCAGAACUUUAGAAGAGAAUUUGAGUAUAUGAGAAUGCGUGAAGGUGAACAAUUAACUGCAUAUCUUAUUCGGCUGAAUGAGUUGAUAAAUCAAAUGAAAACAUUUGGAGAAGUGUUAUCAAACGAGAGGCUGGUUCAAAAGGUAUUAAUCAGUCUUAGUACAGUCUAUGAUCCAAUCUGUUUCGUGAUUGAAAAUACAAAGAGUUUGGAGACUAUUGAAUUGCAGGAGGUUAUUGCAAUAUUGAAGAGUCAAGAGCAGCGGUUUGAUAUGCAUAAUGUGGAUAUAGCUGAGAAGGCAUUUGGUUCUGUCUCAGUUGAAACAAAAGGGCAGAAUAAGAAUGGUUCUCAAACUGGUUCUGCUAAGUCACAGAAAAAUUGGAAGUCGAAUAACAAACCAUGGGAGUCUAGGCAGAAGCCACAGCAAGCUGGUGCUGCACAGACCUCAAAUGGAUCACAAUAUGUGCAUCAAGAUGGAGUGAAGCCUCAAUGCAAAGUUUGCUCGAAAUUCCAUUUUGGGGAAUGUAGAUAUAAGGGCCAAUCUAAGUGCUAUAAGUGUGAUAGAUUUGGACAUUGGGCUAGAGAUUGUACUGCAAACAAAGGAGUGCAGAAAGCAAACAAUGCAAGUCAAGUAGAAGUAAGAGGAAAUCUGUUUUUUGCUAAUUGUGCAAUUUCAGAGAAGAGUGCAAAUGGAGAAUGGUAUGUAGACAGUGGCUGCAGUAAUCAUAUGACUGGGAACAAGGAGUUGUUAAUUGACAUAAAUCCAAGUGUCACAGGCAAGGUACAAAUGCCAACAGGGGAGCUUGUAAGCAUAGCUGGCAUGGGCACUUUAGUGCUUGACACAAACUCUGGUACAAAGUUUAUCAAGGAGGUCAUGUAUCUGCCUGGUUUGAGAGAGAACUUGUUAAGUGUGGGUCAAAUGGAUGAACAUGGUUACCAUUUGGUGUUUGGAAGCAAUAUGUGCAGUAUUUUUGAUGAUGCUUCAUUGGAAAACCUUAUUAUGAAGGUGGAAAUGAGAAAGAAUAAAUGUUAUCCAUUGUCUUUGUCUUCAAAUACCUAUGUUGCAUUAAGAGCUGGUGUGUCUCACUUUACCUGGAUUUGGCACAAGAGAAUGGGGCAUUUACAUUUAAAAGGGCUGAACCAGCUCAAGGAAAAGGAGAUGGUGCAUGGUCUGCCACAUCUGGAAGUUGUAGAUACAGUCUGUGAAGGCUGUCAGUUUGGGAAACAACAUAGAGAAUGGUUUCCUAAGAACCAAGCAUGGAGGGCAAGUACACCCCUUGAGCUAAUACACAUGGACUUGUGUGGACCAAUGCAAACUGAGUCCCUGGCAGGUAAUAAAUAUUUUAUGCUGCUCAUAAACGAUUUUACAAGGAUGACUUGGGUAUACUUCUUGAGAUACAAGUCAGAUGCACUAAAUUGUUUUCGAAAAUUCAAGUCUAUGGUAGAGUUGCAGAGUAGUUACAAAGUGAAAUGUGUUCGAAGUGAUAGAGGGGGUGAGUUCACAUCUAGUGAAUUCAAUAAACCGUGUGAAGAUGGAGGAAUUCAAAGACAGCUCACCAUGGCUGACACACACCAGCAGAAUGGAGUGGUAGAAAGGAAGAAUAGAACAGUGGUGGAGAUGGCUAAGGCUAUGCUUCAUGAGAAGGGGCUGCCUUAUUACUUAUGGGCAGAAGCUGUACACACUGCAGUGUACAUUCUGAACAGGUGUCCAACCAAGGCUCUUAGAGACAAGACUCCUUUUGAAGCGUAUAGCACAAGAAAACUAGGUGUUGCUCAUUUGAAGGUAUUUGGCAGUGUGUGUUUUGUGCAUAAACCAGAAGAAAGUAGACAGAAGUUGGAUGCCAAAAGCACAAGGGGAGUGUUUGUUGGAUAUGCAACAUGUGAGAAGGGUUAUAGAGUGUUUGACCCUGCCACUAGAAAACUUAUAUUGUCAAGAGAUAUUGUUUUUUAUGAAUGA